UAGAAUUUGGUGUGUUAGAGCCUAAGACAAUUAGGCUCAUCGAUCACCAUUUCAUCAUGGAAGGAGGAGGAGCACAAGUCCAGAAUGGUGGCGCCGGUGAAGGAACAGGCGGCGUUCACGUCCGGCAAAACGUAAGACGCAAAUAUGUGAAGUUGGGCUACCAUUACCUGAUGAAACAUCUAAUGACCUUGUGUCUUGUUCCUAUCGUGGCUAUGACCGUGGACAAGGCCGGGCAGAUGAGCUCGGAUGAUGUCCUUCAUCUGUGGCUCCACCUUCAGCAUAAUUUGGUGACCGUGGCAGUCUGUUCAGCUUUGCUGGUAUUCGGUGCCACAGUCUACGUCAUGACCCGUCCGCGUUCUGUCUAUCUCGUCGACUUUUCCUGCUACCUUCCUCCAUCUGAUCUCAGAGUUAACUACAAGGAUUUCAUGGAGCACUCCAAGGCCACCGGGGACUUCGACGAUUCCUCCCUCGAAUUCCAACGCAGGAUCCUAGAGCGCUCCGGGCUCGGCGAGGAGACUUACGUCCCUGACGCGAUGCGCUACAUUCCCCCACGCCCCACCAUGGCCAAGGCUCGGGAAGAGGCGGAGCAGGUUAUGUUUGGUGCUCUAGACAAUCUCUUCACCAAUACAUCCCUCAAUCCCAAGGACAUAGGGAUACUUGUCGUCAACUGUAGCUUGUUUAAUCCGACUCCCUCGCUCUCGGCCAUGAUCAUCAACAGGUACAAGCUGAGAGGUAAUAUUAGGAGCUUUAACUUGGGUGGAAUGGGAUGCAGUGCUGGAGUGAUUGCCAUCGAUUUGGCCAAGGACAUGCUCCAGGUUCAUCGCAACACUUACGCGGUUGUUGUGAGCACGGAAAACAUCACCCAAAACUGGUACUUCGGGAACAAGAAAUCCAUGUUGAUACCGAACUGCCUAUUUCGCGUUGGUGGCGCAGCGAUUCUUCUGUCCAACAAGUCCUCCGACAGACGCCGGGCCAAGUACAAGCUUGUCCAUGUCGUGAGGACCCACUGCGGAGCGGACGACAGGGCGUUCCACUGUGUGUACCAGGAGCAGGACGACCGUGGUAAGACAGGCGUCUCGCUGUCUAAGGAUCUCAUGGCGAUUGCAGGAAUGGCACUCAAGACCAACAUCACCACACUAGGUCCACUGGUUCUCCCCAUCAGCGAACAGGUUCUUUUCGUCCUCACCCUGGCGGCCAAGAAGCUGUUCAAUGCCAACAUCAGACCUUACAUCCCGGACUUUAAGAUGGCAUUCGACCACUUCUGCAUCCACGCCGGAGGAAGAGCCGUGAUCGAUGAGCUGGAGAAGAACCUGCAGCUGCAACCGAAACAUGUAGAGGCUUCAAGGAUGACAUUACAUAGAUUCGGCAACACGUCCUCGAGCUCUAUCUGGUACGAGCUGGCCUACACGGAGGCGAAAGGGAGGAUGCGCAAAGGCCACCGUCUCUGGCAGAUUGCGUUCGGAAGUGGCUUCAAGUGCAACAGUGCCGUGUGGGAAGCACUCAGGAACGUGAAAGCAUCUCCCAACAGUCCCUGGAUGCAGUGCAUCGACAGGUAUCCGGUGGAAAUAAAAGGCUAAUUAAUUCUUCAUUGAUGGUAUAUAUAAUUAGUGCUGAGAAAAUAUCAACCUGUGCUGCGUUUGAUUUGUGCUUUCAUCAGGUCGUUGUUAAUUUCGGGGUUUUAAUGGAGGUCAAACUAUUGUUUUAUUACCUUGUGAAGAAUUUCUGUAUAUGUUGGUAAUAUGGUACGAAGAAAGUGUGCAUUAUUUCUUAGUUUUCAGUUGUUUCUGGGAAACCCUUAUGUUUAAUCCCAUUAAUUUGAACAAUAAUUCCAUGUUAAA